AAUUUCUUCAUAAAUUACGUCAAAAUGUCUUCUUUAAAAAGUCUUGUACUUUUUUCCUCAUUGUUCCUCCUUGUUAUUGGAUAGACUUGUAUUGAUCAUAGCGGAAAUGCUAUAGAUUGGUGGUUUAUUUUGAAAAUGCCAACAGAUAAAACUUUUAGUGUAAGAGGUAAACAAAUUUUAUUAAAGAAAGGAAUGGAUUAUUUGUAUUGUGAUGCUUAAAAUAAUUGUGGAACUUUUGAUUGGUAAACCGACCAACUCGAUGAUUUAACAUCACCAUUAUAAAGAACUAUAGCCUAGAUCGAUUUUCAUAAUGAUAAUAUUAUGAGUGUUUUAUGGAGUGAUUAACCUUGGAAUAAGAAUACUAUCUCAGAUAGAGCUCAUUCAAAGGGUAUUUUGAGUGCCAAUAUAAAUGGAGAUGCAUUUCUUAUCUCUCACUCAACUCCAACUUUCCCAAUGCUUGAUGACGCAUACGAGUAAAAAAACAUUUUAAAUUAUUUUAGUUAAAUUGUAUUAGGUAUGCCUUCUUCUUCUUAAGUUUAUGGCCAACAUUACAUGUGCUUGUCUAUAACUACUACUGAAGCUAAUAGAUUGGCAACAGAAUAUAUUAUAGCUGAAACCUUAACAAAUCGUGCUAAUAGUCCUGCUGCAUUUGCCACAGCAUUCCCUCAAUUAUAUCAGUUAAAAACAAAUUCAAGAACUAAAACUUAUAAAACAGAAUCUGGAACUGUAUUAUCAGUAAUUUUAUUAAUUUAUAUUAUAGGCUGCAUUAUAAGACUCUAUUAAAAUCUCUUCCAAAGGAGGAUUUACUUUAACUGCUUAUACUAAAAAUGAAAAUCUUAUUGAAGACUUUUAUGCUGAUGUUGUAGCUCCUGCUUUAGGUAUAGAUUUGAUAAUGGAAACUUGGGGUAAUGGAACUGGUGGUCUAUAGGCACCUGUUUGUGAUUAAGUUCCUAAAUCUUAUUCUAAUUUAGUCAGAUAACAUGGAGUACAUUUUUUAUAUUUAUUUAGGCAUUUUCAUUUUCGUACACUAAAGAUCAUUCAAAAUAUGGCAUUAGUGCAACCUCAACAAAUGUUUGUUUUUGUGAUUUGAAUAGAUAAACAACAUAAUAAAAAAGAGGAGGUGUUGUUUAUUGUUUCUAACAUUAAAGUUUAUGGAGCCUUAUCAAUCAAUCAUUCAUAAGUAGACAAGCAUGUUGAUUUAAUUACAAAAAUUAAAUUUUUUAAAAAUAAAAAACC